GUGACGUCAGUUCGUGUUCGUCCUUUCCAGAAAAAAUGGCAGCUGUUGACAUCGACGUGCCGGUGGAUACAGAACCCCUGAUCUUCAAUCAGGAUGACAUGGAGCGUCAGGCUGAAGGUUUCAAAGAGCAAGGAAAUGCAUUCUACAGCAAGAAAGAUUACUCUGAGGCUUUCAACUAUUACACCAAGGCCAUUGAUGCAUGCCCCAAAAAUGCCAGUUAUUAUGGCAACAGGGCAGCCACCCUCAUGAUGCUCUGUCGCUUUCGAGAGGCCCUCGAAGAUUCCCAGCAGGCUGUGCGGCUGGAUGACUGUUUCAUGAAGGGUCAUCUACGUGAGGGCAAGUGCCAUCUCUCGUUGGGAAAUGCCAUGGCGGCCAGUCGCUGCUUUCAGAAGGUUCUGGAGAUGGAGCCCAGCAAUAGAGAGGCCCAGCAGGAGAAUAAGAAUGCAGCAACACUACUGGAGUAUGAGCGAAUGGCGGAUUUUGGCUUUGAGAAGCGGGAUUUCAGAAAGGUCGUGUACUGUAUGGACCGGGCCUUAGCUCUGGCUUGUGCCUGCCACCGCUUCAAAAUCCUCAAGGCGGAGUGUCUGGCUCUGCUGGGACGCUAUCCAGAAGCCCAGUCUGUAGCGAGUGAUAUCCUGCGAAUGGAUUCCACAAACGCAGAUGCGCUAUACGUUCGAGGCCUGUGUCUCUACUAUGAGGACUGCAUCGAUAAAGCUGUACAGUUCUUUAUCCAGGCUCUGCGCAUGGCACCUGACCAUGAAAAGGCCCGGCUAGCCUGCAGGAAUGCCAAAGCCUUAAAAGCCAAGAAAGAGGAGGGCAACCUGGCAUUUAAGAACUGCAACUUUGAAGCUGCCUACCAACUGUAUACUGAGGCCCUGACGAUAGACCCCAACAACAUCAAGACCAACGCCAAACUCUACUGCAACAGAGCCACAGCAGGAGCAAAGCUGAAGAAACUUGAUCAAGCCAUUGACGACUGCACCAGUGCAAUCAAAUUAGAUGACACUUACAUCAAGGCCUACUUAAGAAGAGCUCAGUGUUACAUGGAUACAGAGCAGUAUGAAGAGGCUGUGCGGGACUAUGAAAAAGUGUACCAGACAGAAAAAACAUCAGACCACAAGCAUCUGCUGAAGACAGCACAGCUGGAGCUGAAGAAGAGCAAGAGGAAAGAUUACUACAAGGUGCUGGGGGUCGGCAAGAACGCCACCGAGGACGAGAUCAAAAAAGCCUAUCGCAAACGGGCCCUAAUGCACCACCCAGACCGCCACAGUGCAGCGACGCCAGAGGUGCAAAAGGAGGAGGAAAAGAAAUUCAAGGAGGUGGGCGAGGCCUUCACCGUGCUCUCCGACCCAAAGAAGAAGAUCAGAUAUGACAAUGGACACGACCUGGCUGAUGACGGCGGCUUUGAUGGUGGAGAUUUCGAUGCAAACAACAUCUUCAGGGCUUUCUUCGGUGGCCAUGGUGGAGGUGGAUUUUCUUUUGAUUCCAGUGCAGACUCUGGGCCUGGAAAUUUCUUUUUCCAGUUUGGCUAAAGUGAAGGAGGAGCAUGUGGGAAAAUGCAGCCCUGCAGUGGACAAUAUCAAGUUGGACCCACAGUCACCUCGCGAGGCUCAUACUCCCGAGUGUCUUGCAGAAUCCCCCUACUGUUCUUUUUCCAUAGGUUUUUGAUUAUUGCAUUCACUCCUAAAUUUAUUCCUUAAGUUGAUGCUAUCAAACAUUGAGAAGGAUAAUUCAGAGGCUUUAGUUAUGAAUUAACAUUGUAGAAGUUCUUUAAGAAAUCUUUUUUUUUUUUUUUUUUUUUUUAAGAGGUUUUGAUCAGCUGAUCAGAGCAUGUCCCUAUCGCCAAAAUCAAAAUGAUACUGAAUGAAAUCUAAUCUUGUGAAAACCGCCUCUACCUUCAGUAAGGUGAUCAGUAGUAAGGAAUGCAUUGGAAAUGUGAGCAUCAUGGCUGAUUAGUAUUAGAAGACAUAACAUGGUCUACGUUUUUAUGGUUCUCCUGGGACAACACGUCCCUUUAGUGCAAGAGGCAACGAACUGUGGAAGUUCAACGUUAAAACUGACCUCAGGACAGCCUAACAAGGACAACGCCGGUCUCUUGCGAGUGUGUGUCCAGGUUUUAUUGGCUCACUUGCCAAAUAUAGAAUCGACUUGCAGGGUUUUUUUGUUUCCUCUCCUUUUCUCCAUGCUGCAUUGUAUAUUUGACUCGAAUGUAAAGCCCUAUUGUGUCCAUAAAUUUUUUUUCUUUUUCAGUCCUCCUUUGGUCUAUUUAUAUUUAUUGUACUGUAUAUUCUAAACAUAUGCAGCCAGUGUUCAUUGUCUUCCUCCUUUUUUAUAAAAAAAAAAAAAAUCAUUUGUAAAUGUUUUCCUCGCCAUCCUCUUCGCUGUGCAAAACUUUUCUCUGAAACAGGCUAAAAUCUGAAUACAUGUACAGAUGUCUCCUCUAUUACGAUUUGACAGUAUGUCCACUUCCACUCAGCACCGACCACACAUCUGUACUGCUGUCCUAUUCAAAUUCAAGUGGUGCCUUACCAAACUGAGUAGAUUAAUUAACCUUCUUACAACUUAAAAAGCUGCAGAGAAAGCCACUUCCUAUUUGCAAAAGCAACAGUUAACAUUUAAAGCAUGUUUUAUUUGUGCUCUUUCAUAGGAAACCCAUUUCAUGUCUGGCCAGUAAACACAACUCAAUUUUUGAAGAGAAUUCUUCAUCCUGUCAAACAUGAAAAACCUGAAUUUUGUUUUCAUGUCGUCACCAGUCACGCCUAGCUGUCAUCCACUUAUACUCGUCAUGCACGUUAUGUCAGUGCAGCCCUUCCCCUACUUGUUCCGCCUGUUUGAAAGGGCACUGCUAGUAGGCUGGAAACUUCUGUUGUUCUGUCAUUGAUCUGUGUAUCAUUUUUAAAACGUGUCACAGUAUUAACAAGACAUGCAUUUCUUAUUGGGAAAAUAAAGGCUCGUUUUACCAUAA